UCUUCUUCUUCUUCUUCUUCUUCUUCUUCUUCGUGCGGAUUCAAUGGCGUUAUCGGUUUCGAACCUCGCCUCUUCUCUCACGUCCCUCUCGUUCUCCUCCCAAGUUUCUCAAGGAAGAACCACCAUUUCUUUCCCCCGGACAAACUCGGCGUUCUCACUCCCGGCUAAAUCUUCUCGUCGCGCUUCUCUUUCAGUCACCGCCACUGUGGCUGCUCCCGCGGAGGUAGCGGAGGAGGAUGUUGAUAGAAUGGAGCUGAAGAAGUACGUGAAAUCUCGUCUUCCCGGAGGUUUCGCAGCACAGAAAAUCAUAGGCACGGGACGGCGUAAGUGCGCCAUCGCUCGAGUUGUGCUCCAAGAAGGCACCGGCAAAGUUAUUAUUAACUAUCGCGAUGCCAAGGAGUACCUUCAGGGCAACCCAUUGUGGCUUCAAUACGUUAAAGUCCCAUUAGUGACACUAGGUUACGAGAACAGUUACGACGUGUUUGUGAAAGCACAUGGAGGUGGUCUCUCUGGUCAAGCUCAAGCUAUUACUCUUGGAGUUGCGCGUGCUCUCUUAAAAGUAAGUGCAGACCAUAGAUCUCCUCUGAAGAAGGAAGGUUUGCUCACUAGAGAUGCAAGAGUCGUUGAAAGAAAGAAGGUUGGGCUCAAGAAGGCUCGUAAGGCACCACAAUUCUCCAAGCGUUAAAAAGGAGCUUUUGUUGUUAUUGUUGGAUCAUCAAACUCUUCUCGUACACUCCAUUUCCUUGUUUUCAGUUUAUGUGUAGAUGAACCAAUCUCUGUUUUGAUUGAAUAUAAUGCAAAGCUGCCAAGAUUGAA